AUGCCCUCAGAUAUUUGGAAGGCGCAUGCUGGUUCAUCACAGUCAAAGGGUUCGGGUCUGGAUAUGGAGAGGAACGGAUGCAGUCAUAAUUAUUGUCCAUCUCCUCUCCAACCGAUUGCCUCAGCUGGUCAGCACUCUGAAAGCAGCGCUGCAUACUUUUCUUGGCCUACAUCUACUCUAAUGCACGGCUCAGCUGAAGGCCGUGCUAACUACUUUGGGAAUCUACAGAAAGGUGUACUACCAGGACAUCUUGGUCGCUUGCCAAAGGGCCAGCAAGCCACCACCUUACUUGAUUUAAUGAUUAUAAGAGCAUUCCACAGCAAGAUCCUCCGUCGGUUUAGUCUUGGUACAGCAAUAGGCUUUAGAAUCAGGAAAGGAACAUUGACUGACACACCUGCCAUCCUUGUGUUUGUUGCUCGAAAGGUUCACAGGAAGUGGCUCAGCCCUACUCAAUGUCUUCCAGCUGCCCUUGAGGGACCUGGGGGGGUGUGGUGUGAUGUUGAUGUUGUUGAAUUUUCUUAUUAUGGUGCACCAGCCCCGACACCAAAGGAACAACUUUAUGAUGAGCUCGUUGAUGGAUUGCGUGGUAGCGACCCUAUUGUAGGCUCAGGUUCACAGGUGGCUAGUCUUGAGACCUAUGGGACUUUGGGUGCCAUUGUGAAGAGUCGAACCGGCAAUAAGCAAGUUGGGUUCCUUACAAACAGGCAUGUUGCGGUUGAUCUGGAUUAUCCCAACCAGAAGAUGUUCCAUCCGCUGCCUCCUAAUCUUGGACCUGGAGUUUACCUAGGUGCUGUUGAGAGAGCAACAUCAUUUAUAACAGAUGAUGUUUGGUACGGGAUCUACGCAGGAACAAACCCAGAAACUUUUGUCCGAGCUGAUGGUGCAUUUAUACCGUUUGCUGAUGACUUUGACACUACUAGUGUCAGCACCUCGGUUAAAGGAGUUGGAGUCAUUGGUGAUGUAAAGGCAAUUGAUUUGCAAUCCCCAAUUGGCAGUCUCAUCGGGAGACAAGUUGUCAAAGUUGGAAGAAGUUCUGGUCUGACGACAGGGACUGUUGUCGCAUACGCACUUGAGUACAAUGAUGAGAAGGGAAUAUGCUUCUUCACUGACUUUCUUGUUGUUGGGGAGAACCAACAAACGUUUGAUCUUGAAGGGGACAGUGGAAGCCUCAUAAUCUUAACAGGACAAGACGGUGAGAAGCCGCAGCCUAUAGGGAUUAUAUGGGGCGGUACAGCUAAUCGGGGAAGGUUGAAACUUAAAAGUGGCCAGGGUCCGGAGAACUGGACAAGUGGAGUUGAUCUUGGCCGCCUUCUUGAUCUCUUGGAGCUAGAUCUGAUCACAACAAGUGAAGGGCUACAAGCUGCCUUGGAUGAACAAAAGAUUAUUUUAGCUGCUGCUGCCGCUGUGGCUAAUAAUUCAACUGCCACAGAAUCGUCACCUGUUGCUGGCCCUCAAGAGAAUGAUAAAAUCGACAAAAUCUAUGAGCCUCUCGGCAUCAACAUCAUUCCCCGAGAUGGUUCUGCCAUAUCAACGGACCAACCCAACGAGAAUAUGGAAGAGCUAAACCUAAUGUCUCCUAUGCGCAACGGUGAAGAAGGCAAUGGUGACUUGAAUAACUUGGUGGACUUGGAAUUGGAAAAUUCACCUGAUGGUAUUUCUAUUGCUCUGAACCUGGGAGAGCGGGAGCCAAAAAGACUCCGCACUGAUUCUGAUUCAACGCCGGACAUAGACUUGCAGAAAUGA